AUUAGUUGUGUUGCAUAUCCACUCAGUGGAUGGUAGUGGCACUCUCAUUUUCAGAGUGUGCCAAGGGCGUUAAGUUUGGUCUCAUUAUUGGGAGGGACCAGUGUUGGGAAUAACGCCGUUAUUUUUUUCAGUAACUGGGUAAUCUAACUGCAGCCAAAUCAAUCGUUAAGCCUUUAUGUCAUAUCUUUAAUUUAUGUUUUGAUGAAUGUAUUUAUCCAGAUCAGUGGAAAAUAUCAAAAGUUGUUCCUUUGGCUAAAAAUUCAAGAGAGCCACUGACUGGGCAAAACAGCCGACCGAUAAGCAUCCUACCAGUCCUGGGUAAACUUAUGGAGAUGGUUAUGUGUAAACAGAUUCAGAAUUAUUUUGAGGUAAAUCAACUCCAUUGUGAUGCCCAGCAUGCAUAUAAAGAAGGCUACUCAACCAGUACAGCACUCACAGUUCUAACUGAUGACUGGCUGCGGCAGAUUGAUAAUAAACAAUUGGUGGGCACUGUGUUUCUGGACUUUAGCGCAGCAUUUGAUCUAGUUGAUCAUGAGCUUCUACUUAGUAAAUUGUUAGCCUUUGGAUUUAAAAACUCUGCCAUUCAUUUCUUAAGUAGUUAUUUGGUUGACAGAACGCAAUGUGUUACUUACAAUGGUUCCCUCUCAGAUACUGUAACCCUGAUGUGUGGAGUUCUGCAAGGCAGUUGUCUCGGUCCUCUUCUUUACAGCGUUUUUGUAAAUGCUAUGUCAUAUGUGUUACGAAGUGCCUGUAUGACUAUUUAUGCCGACGAUACAACAAUACAUGUCUCUGGUCCUAGCUUAGAUCAAGUCAAUAACAUGCUACAACAGGAGCUUGUGUCUGUUUAUGAGUGGGUUGUGGAGAACAGGUUGAAGCUAAAUGUGCUAAAAGCAAAGUGUAUGUUGCUGGGAUCUAAAUAUACAAAGAGAGAAGCCCCAGAGCUAACUCUUUCUCUGCUUAACCAAUCAUUAGAACAAGUGUCAGAGAUUAAACUCUUGGGGGUCAUUUUAGAUCAAACUGUUAGGUCUAAACUCACUUUUGUAAUUAAUUAAAUACCUAGAGAGGGACCGGAAAAAGGAUCAGACUAGAAAGGGAGAUAUGUUUUCACCGGCGGCUGCCAGGGAGAGAGCUUGACUCGCAAUGUCAGUGAUUCUCUCUCUGACUGUCCCGCGCUGCUAACUUUUAUUGAGGGCUUGUUGAUGAGCAGAGUACAGUUACAACACUGUUGUCCAACGUGGCAGGUUCGGUCGGGCAAAUUCCUUAUUCUAGUCAGUGAUUGAACAGUCACACUUCCUGAUUAAACCUUCCUGAUUGAAUUACCUGAGCAGGCAAGAUAUCUUUGUUUUGAACCCACAUUUGCAAUCAAAGUACUGUAGCUUGAUGGAAAAGUACUGAGACAUUGUGUGAUGAAUCAACAUGUGUGUGUGUUUCUAUUCAUCAGCAGGAUGUGAACAAUCACCGGUAAGCACAUGAUCAUGGGCUAAAACUGUAUUCUUCAUAAUAGCUUGGAGUGCACGUAUCGCUGUAUAUAGCUGUAGGAGAGCAAUAUAUUUGGCACCCAAAAACAAUAUUAUCUUACACAAACUAUGUCAUGGACGACUCAUAUAAAUAAUAUUGUGACGAAAAUGGGUAGGAAUAUUUCUUUAAUAAGGCGUAAUGUCCACUUUAUGCCAAUAGAAACAAGAGAACUUGUACUACAAUCUUUAGUUUUAUGUCACCUAGACUACUGUCCCAUUGUGUGGUCCAGUGCUGCCAAGAAAGACCUUGACAAAAUCCAGAUGGCUCAGAAUCGGGCUGCUAGAUUAGCUCUAAACUGUCCUUUUCGUACAAAUAUUAAUGCAAUGCAUCAAAUACUGUCAUGGAUGAAAGUCAAGGACAGAUUGACAUAUAGUGCUUUCUUUGCACAAAAUCUGGAUCUCACACAAACCUUUUAGCCUGUUCUCUAAACUUCAGACCACUUGUAACAGACAUGGGCUUAACACGAGACGUGCUUCAAGUGCCACGUUUAUUUUGCCACUGCCAAAAACAAAUGCACUUAAAAGAACAUUUAUUUAUCGAGCUGUUUCAAGCUGGAAUUCACUGCCUCCUGAAAUGCUUACAACAAGCAAUCACAUUUCUUUUAAAACAAGUCUUUAAAAUUUUAUAAUUUGUAAGGAAGUGAUGCUUAUUUAGCCAUUGUAAAUAAAUGUAGUUGUUUUAUUUUAUUUUUUCUACACUGUAGAAAUGAAAACCUGCUUUAUGCUAUUAAUUGUUUUGUAUAUAUUGUUAAAUUACUGUGAAUGGACCCCAGGAAGAAUAGUCUCUAUUUUGGUAGAGACUAACGGGGAUCCUUAAAUAAAUAAAUAAAUAAAUAUUUUUCCCUCCGUUACCGUUACUGACGAUGAAAAGCGGUGCGUUACUUACUUAGAAUAAAUUGAAGAAACUACCAGCCGUAGCGAGUCUACUCUGCUCUGUUAUUUGUCAUCCAAGACUUGGGGUGCGUUCAGAUUCAUGGCAAUUAAAAUAGUAAACACACAUAGCCUACCUUUGCAAGAACAAUGGAGUUGCCGUUUGAUACGGUCCUAAUGUGCAGGUCCUGCACGCAUCUGCAGCAAAACUGUUUGUGUAGCUUUGUAGCGAUUUGUAAUUUUGGAAUGGCUGAUGAGUUUAGUAACAUACACUAAACAAUAAAUACAGCAGAAUGUCCAUUUCGGGUAAUUGUGGAAGCCCGUCGACAUCUUUACUCCAUUUGUCUUCGGCUUGCUCGUAAGGGUCAACAUUGUUCACAUCCUUAAGUUUGAUCACAUAUCUGUUCUUCGCCUUAGUAACGAGUUUGUCUCUUUAUCGAACUGGCAAGUUAAAGUUUAAUGUCCCGCGAGCCAGACCUGCUUCCAGUAUGGCUGCGUUGUUGUCAAAUCUCACGUGAUCCCCCAUUCUGUGACGGAAACGCUCGAGCCUAAUUGCGCACGUACUUCAGAGCUGAUGUUUUCACACAAAAACCGGAACAGCAGAAAGGCAGAGGGAUAUGAUGGCAGAGCAUUCAGAGGAAAAUUUGCCCUUUACUACUUACUUUACUAAUUUUACUGUAGAGUAAUUCAGUUGCUAACUCAAUUACUUUUUGGAAGAAGUAGUGAGUCGUAGAGGCGUGCGAAAUUUCCGAUUCUUAGAUUAUUCGCGAUUCGGCUGUGGAAGAUUGGAGAACGAUUCACAAAUAUCCAAAUUCCGAUUAUUGAAUUAUACCAGGUAAAGCGGAAGUAACACACAGUCAGCGCGGUCUUUGGGACGCAAUGAGGAACGGACCGAGAGUAAAUGUCAUGUUCAACUCAUGCCGCUAGAUAAAGAAACAAUCAUACCUGACUGCGGCCGACAGCCGCUACAAACAACGCCCAGUUGCUAGUUGCUACAAACAUGCGGCUACAGUAGAUAUUAUUUAUAUGUAGAACUAAUGACAGACGAUCUCGGUGUUAAACAUGUAUUAUUGAAUAGAGAUGCAACAUGACAGACUUUCCGGCGUAAGUAAACAGCCGCCAUCUUAAAUCAGUAGACCUCUCUAGAAGGCUCUGUUGUAGCGAACCUAAUGAACUUUUUUAUCUAAAAUACUCCUAAAUCGGCAGAAUCUUGUCUUGAAUCUAUCUUUAAAACUUUGACAAAAGUAGACAGAAGGGAAAUUAUGGAAUAACGGGAGUAAUUUUAACAACUGUAACAGUUGAUUCACAACAUUAAAUUAAUUGAAUGUUGUUUAAAGCUGCUGAUACAGAAUGGGGACUGGAGUUUUUUAUUUACUGUUAUUUUUGUAUAUUUGUUUACUGUUAUAUGUUAACUUGAUACUGAAAUAGUAGUUUGGUUUAACCUGAGAGGAUUUUUGAACAAUUUUGUAACUAAUGUACAAAACAUUAAAAAAAAAAAAAUAAAUAAAUAAAAAAAAGGGGGGGGGGUGCAUCAAUAAUCGUUUUAUAAUCGAAUCGGAGCCUCUGAAUCGUAAUCGUAAUCGAAUCGUGAGGUGCCCAAAGAUUCCCAGCUCUAGUGAGUAACUAUAACUAAUUACUUUUUUAAAGUAACGUGCCCAACACUGGUAGGGACGAUAUAACAGCAUAACCUCCAUGUACACUUUUUGCUUGAGACGGGACACUUAAUUCAUGGCAGGCAUGAAAACACACACUGAAAGAAAUUCCUUCGCCUGCUCCUUAAGUGAGAAAAUAUUUUGUUGGAAGUAUUUGUUGUCAAGACACGCGUAUGCACACUGGAGAAAGGCCUUUUGCCUGCUCACUUUGUGGUCAAAGAUUCACUCAAAAAGGACAUUUAGUAUUACACACAAGAAACCACACUGGAGUGAAGCCUUUCGCCUGCACAAUUUGCGAUAAAGGAUUUCCUCAGAGGCAUUCUUUAGAAAUGCAUAAGCGUACACACACUUGAGAAAAGCCUUUUGCCUGCUCACUGUGUGGUAAAAGAUUUGCUCAGAAAACAAAUUUAGCAACACACAUGAGCAGACACACUGGAGAGAAGCCUUUCGCCUGCUCAUUUUGGGAGAAAAGAUUUUUUUUUUAAGUACAGUGGGGCAAAUAAGUAUUUAGUCACCCACUAAUUGUGCAAGUUCUCUCUCUUGAAAAUAUUAGAGAGGCCUCUAAUUGUCAAGAUGGGUUAACCUCAACCACGAGAGACAGAUUGUGGGGGAAAAAAGCAGAAAAUCACAUCGUUUGAUUUUUAAAGAAUUUAUUUGCAAAUCAUGGUGGAAAAUAAGUAUUUGGUCAAUACCAAAAGUUCAUCUAAGUACUUGGUUAUAGGGCUGCAGCUAUCGAAUAUUUUAGUAAUCGAGUAAUCGACUGAAAAAUCUAUCGAUUAAUCGAGUAAUCGCAUAAAAGAAAUAUAUUUUUAGGUGAAGAGCAUUUAUAAAUAUACAUGGGAAAACAAGACAUUUCAUCUAAUCUUGAACCAUUUUCAGUCAAUCAAUGUCUUUAUUUUCGAUGUAUAUUGUUGAAAACAGCCAACAAUUAUAUCUCAGAUGUAACUAGAAUUUUAAGAAAAGACUAAUUCACUGCUUUCACUCAAAAACCUUUAGCUCUUUAAAAUAUAUAUAUAUAUAUAUAUAUAUAUAUAUAUACCUAAAAAUGCCGUUACGCUUGAUAACACACAUCACUUAAAAGUUAGGAUUUUUUCCCUCGUGUUUCAAUUGGAUUUCUAUUUGUGUCAAGCCAUUUUUAAGUUUUAAGUUAGUCUAAACUGUAAGUCCUGAUAGGGUUUUGAGUUUUUGCAGUGUUCAAAAUAAAUGUAUUAUACAGGCUGUAUUGGAGCACAUUAGGGACCAGUGCUACUUAGUGUUUUAUCCAGCAAUGCCUACUGAGCUAAAAUUGAUAGUUAGCAUGAUUGAGUUUUUAUUUUACACCCUCAUCACUCCACAACGCUAUGUUAUGUUAAAGCCUGUAUGUAAGACACGUUAGCCACGCAUCGACAGUGGUCCUAAUUAAUAGAAAACUAGCCCUCCGCAGGGCUAACGUUGCUUGAGUUAGUGACAGUAACGUUAAUCUUUAUUUAUUAGCGCUUAGCGCUCUUUGUUAGCGCAUAGCGCUCUACUGCUUUAAGAUGGCGGCUGUUUACUAACGCUGCCUAGACGUGGCCGAGUCUGUCCUAUCGCAUCUAGUUCAACAUACAUGUGAUCUCUAUGAGACUCAUCAGACGCUAGUACCUACCAACGUAGCAUCGUGCGGGCUACCAUUUAGCAACGUCGGCGUCGUUUGUAGUGGCUGUCGUUUUUUUUUUUUUUCCCCCCUUCUCCCUCUACACACGUGGCAUCAGCGCAUUGUCCUGCAUUAAAACUAGUCCGAGCAAAACGUGAUGCUUACAGUUGUCAAAAUAAAUAAUUACUCGAGGUGAAUAAAAUUACUCGGAUCAGUUUUUAAACUCGAAUUACUCGAGUUGCUCGAGUAUUCGUUUCAGCUCUACUUUGUUAUGUACCCUUUGUUGGCAAUAACGGAGGCCAAACAUUUUCUGUAACUCGUCACCACCUUUUCACACACUGUUGCUGGCAUUUUGGCCCAUUGCUCCAUGCGGAUCUGCUCUAGAGCAGUGAUGUUUUGGGGCUGUCGUUGGGCAACACGGACUUUCAACUCCCUCCACAGAUUUACUACGGGGUUGAGAUCUGGAGACUGGCUAGGCCACUCUAGGACCUUGAAAUGCUUCUUACGCAGCCACUCCUUUGUUGCCCUGGGUGUGUGUUUGGGAUCAUUGUCAUGCUGAAAGACCCAGCCACGUCUCAUCUUCAAUGCCCUUGCUGAUGGAAGUAGAUUUUCACUCAAAAUCUCUCGAUACAUGGCCCCAUUCAUUUUUUCCUUUACACAGAUCAGUCGUCCUGGUCCCUUUGCAGAAAAACAGCCCCAAAGCAUGAUGUUUCCACUCCCAUGCUUCACAGUGUGUAUGGUGUUCUUCAGUUGCUAUCCUGGCUUGUUCAUGAGUGGAGACUCGAGAGUUCUUGUUUAACUGAUGUUUACUGUAGUUUUUCUUUCACUACAGACCCACCGUAGAACUGGUGAUACAAUGAAGUGAUUUACAAUUGCAUAAAUGAAUAUAUACAAAAUAUAAAAAACACAAAUGAAAAUAUGCAUACCACUUUGGCCUGCUCAUGAACAAACAGGGAAGUCUACUUGAUGUAUUUUUUUUAUAUAUGGCUUACUUUCAGCAACUUGGACGAGCUAGUGCUGCUUAUGCUACAGCUUGCUGCAUCGGACUUUUACUUCCUCAUUGCAAAACAGGACGUGACCUGAUUGGUUGUGCGUUCACUGCAAUUAAACUUAGAAAUGUAACAAUUUUAGUUUAACCUUUAAACGAAUUAUUAUUAACAAUAUACUUCCAAGAAUCGUAAAAUGACAACAGGAAAAUAAAAACAAUGCACACAAAAAAUAUUAAGUUGCACGUCUUGUAAAAAGUUAAAUUAACUUUAGCGAGUCAACAGCUCCGCUUGCUGGAGAAACAAAAAAAAUUGCAGGACAACUUGACAGCUGUUACAGAUGCAAUUCAGUAUUCUUUCUCCUCCAAACACAAGAACCUGUGUUUCUACCAAAAAGUUCAAAUUUGGUUUCAUCUGACCAUAACACAUUCUCCCAGUCUUCUUCUGGAUCAUCCAAAUGCUCUCUAACGAACCGCAGAUGGGCCUGGACGUGUACUGGCUUCAGCACAGGGAGACGUCUGGCAGUGCAGAAUUUGAGUCCCUGGUGGCGCAUUGUGUUACUGAUAGUAGCCUUUGUUACUGUGGUCCCAGCUCUCUGGUGAGAGUCCCGUAAUCUAUGCUCAAAACUACACUCUAGUCCUAUGACCUAGACCUAUCACCGCCACUCUCUUCUCGUGACAACAAAUGACUGACAAGAGUGAGAGACGGGAGCACAGUUAUCAGAAAUCAGCAAUGAGGAGGCCGAACCCCUCUCCAUCCCAGCUUCUCGCCCGGACCGUUUGGAAAUUGCGGCAAGAGUCCUUCAGACGUAACUGUAGAAGAUCUUCACCCUGAGAAGCCCGACCCCAUCCACGUUAAACAGGAGGAGGAGUCCGACAUGCCGUUGAUCAAACAGGAGGCGGAGCCAGAGACCCCUGACAUUAAAGAAGAAAAACAUGAAGUUGAAAUCCUCAAGUUUCCAAUGGGUGUCGGUGUGAAGAGCGAAGAAGACGAAGGACCAAGCAAAGAGAGCGGAGCAGCGAACCCUUUGCGUGAUGGCUCAUUUCAGCAUUUGACAACAAAGGUGGAGGGACGAUCGCAACCGGACGGCCUCUCAGCUCCUCUUUCGGACAGCGACGACAUAACGUCACAUUCUUCUGAGUUUGAUACUGAGGAGGAGGAGGAUGACUUUGACCAAAAUGCUUCAAACCCCUUAGACAAGUCGUCAUUUAAAAGAGACUCAAAAGAAUGUACGGUUGGGAAACCUAUUCGCUGCUCGCUGUGUGAUAAAACAUUUCCUUGGAAAAGCAAGUUAAAGGCACACAUGCGUACACACACUGGAGAGAAGCCUUAUUGCUGCACACUUUGUGGUAAAAGAUUUACUCAGAAGGUACAAUUAGUAUCGCACACAAGAAACCACACUGGAGAGAAGCCUUUUGCCUGCACACUUUGUGGCAAAAGAUUCAUCGAGAAGGGAGCUUUAAACAAGCACACAAGCAUACACACUGGCGACAAGCCUUAUGCCUGCACACUUUGUGAUAAAAAAUUCUUCACCAAGGGAAAUUUAAACAUUCACACGAGAACACACACUGGAGAGAAGCCUUUUGCCUGCACACAUUGUGGUAAACAAUUCGCCCAUAAGGGAAGUUUAAACAUUCACACAAGCACACACACUGGAGAGAGGCCUUUUGCCUGCACAGUUUGUGAUAAAAGAUACAUCGACAAGGGACGUUUAAACAGACACACAAGCACACACACUGGAGAGAAGCCUUACGCCUGCACACUUUGCGAGAAAAGAUUUAGGCAGAAGAUCAGUAUAGAAAGACAUGUGCUAGUGAUGCACGAUAAUACAUUUUUCAACCGAUAACGAUAACCGAUAAUUUCCUCCUCAUUCCAACCGGUAAUGUCAAGGCGAUAAUUCUAUUAAAAGAUUUAUGUAAAAUUUUAAAGUAUACACAAAAGAAAAUAUUACUGUGCAAAAAUAAAAUUUAUUGCUCUUUUUUCAACAUAAAAUAUGGACAAGUAUUCAAUUCAAACAUCUAAAUAAUGUCAGAUUGUCUGACAUUGUGUAAUGGUAAACUUUUGGCAACAAUUAAACAAGUAAAUACCUAAGUUGGUCAAAAAUGCCUUUAAAAGUAAGCCAUUCCUAACAAAUAUAACAUUACACUGCAAAACACACCUCCUUAAAACUAGUCAGUUUUAAGUGUAAAUCUAUUGGAAGUAAGUGAAAUUAUCUGCCAGCGCUUCAAGUGUAUUUCUCUCAGAUUUCUCGGAAGAAAAGUAGCUAGCUGAAAAUAAUCUUAACAGCCUUAUUUUAAGCAAUCUAUUAUUAUACUUAAUCCUGAAAAAAAACUUGAAGAAAAGAUUUUGAAUAAUAUUUGUGGCUACAGAAUGUUAUUGUUAUUUCAUUACAACAGGAAUGUGCAUAUUUAAAUUGAUAGGUGUUAAUAAGUGCCAAUAAGUUUUGAUUAUCUACUGUGACUGUAAUUGAGCAGACAAAUAAGUUAAAUAAUUUGAAAAGUGAUUGCUAAUGUUAUAUGCUUUGUUGCACACUGUGAAAAUGAUUAACUCAAAAGAGCGAGAUGUCAUGUACCCAUUCUGCAGCGCUUUGUUUACAUUUGCGGCACUCACGACAUUUGCUUUACAGCAGCUAAACUGAUACACGGCAGUACUAUUUGGACGGAGUUGGAGCUCGCAUCCCAGUGCGUGUUGUUUUGUGCCUGAGUUUUGUUGAGCCGAAAAUAAAGGCAGCGUUACAAAGUCAUCUGACCGCUCAUCAUUUUACAUACUGAAUGCAUUAUUGACUGGCUGACUUUGUUUCCUCCAUGUUUAAAUUAUCAUCUAACCCAACCACUGUGCCGUCAUGAUAAGCUUGCUUACUGGACAUCACUGUUUUCAAAUAUCCGUGGUGAAAAUGUGAUUGGCAUGUUUUUCAUGAAGAAUGGUGGCCGUAGGGGUUUGGCUCUCGGGUCAUUUCGGUUAAAAAAAAUGGUGUCUCGUCUCGGCGGCUGCGUUUGUACCAGAUAAUCCGCCCGCACCGGCCUGUUCGCCGCGGCGUAAUCGGGGCCUGGCUCUGCUCGCACGCCGUGGGGGAACGCUCGAGAAACCGGGGUAUUCGCCGGAGGUCCUGAAGCCGGGGAACCCCGCCAACGGCGAGGAGGCGGCGGCGGCCUGCCGGACCAGCCAGAGCGGCGGGCUCCGUCGGAAGACGGCUACUUGCAGACUAUCGGUCCCCAGUCGUGCCGGUGUUUAGCCUUAAAUGCGAGUUUACCACCCACCUUGGGCUGCUUUCCCAAACAACCCGACUCUGUAUUGUCACAAGCCCCGUAGUUUAGCUUGUGUUUACAAUAGCUUUAGCAUUCCUGCUAGCAGCAGCCUCGUAUUCGUUCCAAAAAUCUUUGUGACGCAGUUUUAAAUGAAUGCUGGGUUAGUGGUUUUGAAUGAGGAUGCUUUCUUUCGGCCUCGUGGAACUUCUGCGGUACAUGUUUCGCAGAUGGCGAGAGCGUCGUUUUUUUAGUAACAGCCGCCAUGAUAUUCAACUAUUUCUUGUCGUGUAACUCCGCCUCCUCAACCCCUCCUCCCUCAGGGGCUUCAGUGAGUGGAGGGGUUGAGGAGGCGGCGUGCUGAAUUCUUUGUUUGUGCACAUUUGGAGGCUAAAUCAAGUAUAUAAUUAUCGCAUUGCAUUAUCGGUUGAAUUUUUUUAUUAUCUGGAUUAUCUGUGUGACGUCAUAAUUGCCAUUAUUGGUCGAUAAUUAUCGGCGACCAAUAUUAUCAUGUAUCUUUAACAUGUGCAAACACACUGAAAUACAUAAUGAUAUGAAAUGACAUAAAGAACGAAAUUAUUUUUCAAGUGCUGUUCUUUUCCACAACUAUCCAAUAUACAAUAUAUAGCGGAAACAAACAAGGCUGAAAAAGCAGUUUCUGCUCUUGCACCCCUCUUUUCAAUGAACUGCAGUAUUUGAAGCCAAAAGAACUGUUGUGUUUGAUAGAAAAAUGUAUGCUAACAUAGCAGUUUCAUGGAGCAUUAUGCCCCUGGACUAUUUUUUAUUUGUCCGUUUUACCCUGGAGACCCCGUUUACAGACACUGAGCAACCGAUUCUGUUUGUUUACUUCAUUUGUUUCGUUGCCGCUGCUGUGCUCGCUGUCGAUAGUCUUCUGUUGCGUUGCAGAAAUUAUGUCACACUUCCGGGUUUGGAAAUACAAUAUUGAUGAAGAGCUAAAAAAAUGCAGAUCAUCCUUGCAAUUACGCCUUUGAAAUGACAUUGUUGUUUUGACGAACUUGUCCAAAGUUUAUGUUCGUAAUUGUCACGACAAGGCGGCAUGGAGGACCAGGCGCGUCGAUAGUGGGGGGUCGCAGGGUGCUUGAGCACCUGCCCUUUUGUCCCUGCAUGGUGGGUAAAUGGUGUUAUACUUGUAUAGCACUUUUCCACCUUUCAAGGCGCUCAAAGCACUUUACACUACAUCACCAUCCGAGAACUUGAACACUGAAAAAACAUUUACAUGAAAAAAAGCCGUCUGAGUGCCUCUAAGCCGGCGCAUAACCCCCCCACCCCCCCGCUCCUUUUCGACCUGGAUGUGUGGUGAGGAGUCCCAGGACAUCUGGUGGUGUUAAACAUGGUUUUACCCUGUGAAACUGAAAUUGAAAGACUUUUUCUAUGAUUGAAAUUUUUCUUUUUUUGAUUGAAGGGAUAUUUCUUUUUAAAAAUAUAUAUUUUUUGAAGCAACAAAUUUUUUUGAUUGAAUAAUAAAGACAAAAAUGUCCUAGCCAAAAUGUGGCCCAAACACAAGUCAACGAUACUUCAAUCAAAAUAGUUGCUUGAAUAAAUAAAAAACUUCAAUCAAAACAAAACAAAAAAAAAUCAAAGAAAAAUAGGUUUCACGUGCAUUUUUUUGUUUCAAAUUUAUUUUUGCAUUCAAACAUUUUUUUCGAUUGAAGCGCCUUUUUUUGUUGAAAAUAUAUAUUUUGAUUGAAGCAGCUAUUUUUUUUUCAAUACACAAAUCUACCUCCAUAUGGCUCCGCCCAGGGAAUACAAUUUUUGACUGGGGUAACUACAUUGGCACGACACCGGCGGGCAUACCAUAUUCAAUGGAUAACUUGUAAGUUAAUUUAAUUGCUGACACUGCGUUUAGGGGUCAUCAACAUGUUGUGCCCCCCCAACUAGUGAUGGGCGAUACCAGUGAUUUUGGAUUUUGGACAUACAACUAUGAUCGGGGUUUGCCACGAGUUACCUAUCAGCUAACGUCGCUACCUUCUACUGUUCAUUCCACAACAGUUGGCAGCUCUGCUUUGACAAAGUCAUCAGUCAUCUAUCCAAAAAGCCCACUUUUUUGCAAAUCCUUGAUCAUAAGCAGACCGGUUGAGGAAGCAGGCAUCUUCGAAGUGUUUGUAGCAGAGAACACUACUCGAUGAUGGCAUGAACUUCAUUCGCUUCAUGCGAACAAAAGAUGUCCAUUUACGUGCCCUACUACCCUUUGGCCACUCAUACAAGUUUUCUUUAGAUUGAGUAGAAUACAUAGCCACACACCGCCAUGACAUCUUACCGAGAAGCAAUGCAACAAUACUAGGGGUGUAACGGUACACAAAAAUCUCGGUUCGGUAUGUACCUCGGUUUUGAGGUCACGGUUCGGUACAUUUUCGGUACAGUAAGAAAACAAAAUGCAAAAUAUAAAUGUGCUAGUUGAUAAUUACACAUUUUUGUGCUUUCAACAAUUGGAACAUUAGCCUAUACAAAGCUAGAAUUCUGCUCAAAAAUAGAAAAUACAACAUUCUGAAAUGUAGAUAUUUUGAAAAACAAAAUAAAAAAAAUAAGUAACAUUGGCUAAGACUUUUUCUUUAAAAAAAUAUCUGAUGUGCAAAAUUGAACUGUUGCAACACUGAUCAGUUUCAAGUUUCUCAUAUUAACUUUAUGACCAAAGCCUCGAAAAGUAACGGUUAGGUAAUAUGGGGCGCCGUUUGUAAAGCAGCACAUGCUGAAAAUUACGACAACAUUUUCUCACAUUUAGCGCCGCAUCAGUGUUUAAAAUGUGGUCUGGAAAUUUUAGUCAUUUUUAUGCACAUUUGUUACAUUAUUUAGCAAUUUAAAUAUUUGUUUUUAAAUAACAAGUAUUGGGCUUGAAUAUUUAAAUCCAGAACUAAUUUAAAUCUUUAAUCUAAAUCUUGAAUGUAAAUCUUACAUAUAUAUCUUAAAUCUAAAUGUUGAAUAUAAAUCCUUAAUCUAAAUGUUAAAUCUAAAUCCCAAAUCCAAAUUUUGAAUCUAAAUUCUUAAUCUAGAUAGUUAAAUCUAAAUCUUAAAUAUAAAUCUUAAAUACAAAUCUCAAAUCUAAAUCGUAAAUGUUAAAUGUAAAUCCUAAAUCUGGAACUAAAUAUUUAUGUAACAUGUAAAUUCAUAUGACUGGUGACCGGGAGUAAAAAAAAAAAAAAAAAAAAAGUUGGAGCAGCUCAGACUGUGUUUGCAUAUUAGCUAAAUAUUUAGUUUCACCCGAUUUAAGAUGUAGAUUUAAAAUUUAAAUGUAGGAUAUAUA